AUGCAAGGAAAAGUACUACGCGACCAGCGGCUCGUGUGUAGAAUGCACAGGGGUCGGCUUGCCUUCCUGGCUGGUAAAGGCUGUGACUUAUGUGUCCAUUGGUGCCUUGCUGGCUGCUUUCCUUGUGGCCACUGCGUUCUUCGUCUACUCGUGGAGCCCGUCCCAGUGGCUCGAGGGGCGGCUGAAGUUGCUGACACGCGCCAUCUUCGCCCCAGGGGCCUUGGGCGACUGGCAGCAGCCCCCAUUUUGCUGCAGAUGUGCCAGCUGUGGAGCGUACUGUCUGCCCUGCUGGCCAGAGAUGAUGAGGCGUCCGGAAGCUUUUGGGAAUUGCCCUAUAUGCAGCAUGUACAGCUGGCUGUGGGCAACUUGCGCGAGGUCCUUUUUUUGCAGUGCUUCUUUGAUGGGAAGGAGGUGCGAAAAUCGCUGGCCUUCGCUACCCCUGUGGCGCCGCUGCUUCUUCUGCUUUGCUGCGUGUGCGUUGAAGUUUGGAAGCCUGGCUCAGGAGUCAAUGCGGCCCUGAAGAUCUUGACCUUGUUCUUUGUUGGCGGAGCCUCCACAUGUGCAGCCUUGAUCAGCUGCCAACGGGUUGAUGCAGGUGGUUACGCCUUGCAAGAUCACUUCCUUCGGCACUUGCCAGACCUCGGCUGCAGUCACAACAGUAUGGUACCAAGCGAAGUGGCUGCAGUGUUUUGGCCCUGUGCAGUGUGUUAUGCCAUCCUGAUCCCUUGCUUCUUGUUCUACCUCUACGUUCGGCAGCAUUUGGUGCUGCGCUAUACCCGGAUGCCUUUGGAGCUGAGCGACUCCAAGAGUGAACCUCUGGCACUGAGCCAGGAGGAUUUGCAGCGCCGCUUGGUGGCCGGCCUGGUGGCGUAUGUCGCCAUGUUGCAGCAAGGCAGCGUGCGAGUGAAACUACGAGAUGGCAAGGGGACAGUGGCCUUUUUCGACAAUGCUGAUGGAACAGCCAUGGAGCUGAACGUUGAAGCCACCAACGCACAGUUCAAGAUCGAAUCAGAGAAGCUGCGGCAUCAUUCCAUUACUGAAAUGCUGCUUGAGCGUUACACCUUGCAGCAGGUGGACGAAAAUGACCGAUUCUUGCUGGGCGCAAAGGAGACCCUAAUGAAAUAUUCCACCUGCCGCGAUUUGUGGAUGGAAGUGAUGCUGAAGCUGGUCACAGUGGCCAUUGUUCAGGCCGUUGCUUCCAGCACUGCGACGAAUAACCUGCUUGUCCCGAUGGGCAAAGUUCUGGCAGCCACGUUGGCGGUUGCAGCCACGGUAUGGAUGGUGCAGCCCUAUGCGCAACCACAGGUAAAUGACCUCCAAGUUGUUUGCUUCCUGGGUUUGGCUUUCGCUGCUAUUGGCUUUGGAAAUCACAACAUUUUGCUCAGUCGCGCAGCGCUGCUGAUGCCCCUAGUACUAGCGGCAGUGCAGCAGACGCAGCCUGAUAGCCCGGAGUUCUUGGCACAGCGCCUGUGGGAGGAACUUGUGAAAGAUGGCAUGCCCAAGGAGUCAGCCACCACUUUCAUGCUGACCCGCAGACAAUCCCAAGCGAUCAGCUUCAGCUUGGAAAAUUAG